GACGCUGUGGCCGGCAGUGAUGACGCUCGACUUUUACGCAUCCGACGGGCGAUGCGGCAGCUGCGACUGGCCGGGGUUGACGACACGAUGUCUAGUGCCAACAUGGACGAUGUCUGGCGCACCGCAAGAGCGGCGAACAUCAUCUUGAAAAAUGCCAGGAACGUCAUCCUCACGAGGGAACACUUUAGAGGGAAGACGGUGCUUGUCUACUGCGGGGGGAUACAUGAGUCGUCAUGCAAGAAGUUUUCCACUCUUCUUGCGGAGGCGUCACCACGACUGUUUGGUGCACUAACGGGCGUUGAGAUUCUCUUUGUUAGCUGCGAUCGCGAUCUUCAUGCCUAUGAACAGCAUGCAUCGAUGUUUACAUUUGCCCGCGCCGCCUAUCCCUGCACGGAACUUCUAAAGCUUUUGGACAUCAGCCACAUUCCGGAGCUUCUUCUUUUUUCUUCCGAUGGUCGACUUGUGCAUCGGCGUGGGGUGGUCGCACUUCGCACAGACCCGGAAGCCACGCUGUUUCCGCGCGGUCCGUGGAGUGGCGCCACGCCCCUGACGGCAGUAGACGUGGCGAUGUUUCGCUGCAGCGCCGCCCAACUUGCACACCACACAAAUAAGCGCCUUUCUGUUGAUGGCGGCACACUCACCGCGGAGGAUGCCACGCGUGUUUUGGAUCUGCUUAGUGCCGUGCAGCGGAUGGUGGAUGCGCUGCCCAAAGAGCCGCAAGCAACGAGAAGCGGCCUCUCCGCCAAUGGCCCAGCGGAUGGGUAUUCAAACAACACGCAGGUGCAAGAGGGAGAGGAUCAGUCAUUUCAGCUCUCGCAGCAGCGAUUUGUGAAGGUGGAGGCAAGCACGUUCUCCAACGCAAGUCUUCUGCCGUCCGCAUCCACUGCGGCGUAUUAUGGGCAGGCGGUGCAGGCGGUUGUGCCAGAGCUGAAGGACAUCAGUGAUGUGCGCCGUGCCACGGGAUGGUCGGAACUUGAUGUGGCGCUCAGGCGCGCAGUGGAGGCCGUGGAGGCGUUGUGGUUGCGUGCACGUCACAGUGGCACAACAUCACGCGUGGCGAUUCAAAUGCACAUCAUUGAGCUUGUCUCGCGGUUUUUUCUGGAAAUUGUGCCCCUGCCACUUCCACGUGGAACCGACGCACGCGCGGUGCCGAUUGAAGAGCAGCCGAUUGUGUCGAGUUUCUACACGGAAGAGCCACUUCCUGAGCAGAACUCUGCGAACAACAACAACAACAACAACAACAGCGGAGGUGGCAGAGGUGAUGUUCAGGAAUGCAUACAAGAAAGCAUCUACUCUCUUUUGCUAUCGUACACUACUGCUUGGCAGGCGGUGGAGGUGCCGACGCGUGCGUUUGAUUCAGAACGGUGCCUGGUUGCUAUGGCUAUGCUUGUCGUGUAUGACGCAGCGGUCCGACGCAAAGGAGGCGGUGGACGAUGCAGUCUUCUUGCAUCCUUGCUAGAGAGUAACGGCGGUUAUUAUCUUUCCACCUCCAUUGGCAGACAAUCGCUGUCUUUUGCUUAUAUCAGUGCGACUCUGGAGUUGGUGCGACCGCAAUUCUUGCUGGCACGUUCCGCCAUUUUGCGCUACAUUGCAUUUCAGCAGCAGCACUACGCCCAUGAGUUGUUCGAUAUGCGCAUGUCGGAAAAUUUGGAGAUACGCAAGGAGAGCGUCACCGUGGAGUUUCUUCGCCGCUUUCUUGAUCACUGCUCCUACAGUUUGCAUGACUUAGGCGGUUUUGCCGCUGCGGGUUCGGAGAUGGACACUCUGAUGCAGUGGCUCUGCAGCUCACGUACUCCACUGGCACGUGAGCAUCCUGAAUUUGCGCGGCUGCGGGACAUGGUGUUACUCACAAAAUUUCUUGCCACCAUGGAGAUGCGUGAUGCGCAGCUACUGCGUCGCCGCAAAGAAACGGACGAAUAUGCGACUUGGCGUCUUACCUUCGAUGAGGAUGCACCCGGGCGCCAGAUGAGCGCCGGCUGGCGUACAACCCCCUCCCCUCCGGAGUGGGAGUGUGUUCUGGUACGUGGCCGUGACAGUGACAUUGCCGACAUUGUCGUAAAGGGCUUUGGCGAUCGCGAGUUGCUUUACGGUGAGGGUCUUGUUUUACAGUCCCCCAUCGACGUCAGUAUCCUUCUCUCCGUGGAGCACCCCACCGAGGACGAUGUGCUGCAUGCCACUUCUAUGCCAACCUUUGAUGGCACAAUGAGUGAGGAGGAGUCUGAGAUUUUGUUGUCAUGUCUGACGGUGCCCUAUGUGCGACUGCCGCUUGUUCUUGACUUUUUUGCUUCACAGGACCGUUAUGCGUAUCUCUUUACAUCCGCCCUACAGAAUGUGUUCCGUGCGGUGAUUUUUGAACCCUCCGUGUUUGUUGCACCGGAGACGCUGCAGAAGGCAAAUCCGACUAUGGUGCCAAUGCGGCUCACUGAGCAGCAGCGAAAGGCCAUUGAAUUGCGUCACUUGCGUGGCGACUUCUCGGUGGAGAACUUUGAGUCGUGUCUCGGCACCACGUACGGCCUGCUGCUGAACGAAUUACGACAUAGCCCCGCGUCUGUGCUUGAUCCGCUGCGCCGUAUCCUUGAAAGUGUUUUAGAAAUUGGCCCCUCUUCUGUCUACAGCGCGAACGCACCAUAUGUAUUGUUUAUUGUAGGUGUCGUGUGUGACGUGCUUGCCUUUGGUAAUAUUGUGUGUGGAUGGCCGUCGCUAGAGGGUUCGGCGCAACUGGAGACGCUUACGGCCUACCAGACAUCGAUGCUGCGGUUCCUUCUCACGACAGUACAGCCCACCUUAAAGGAGUGGUGCCGUGAGGGCGAAGAGAAUGAUGACACCCCGACGCAGUGCGUGCUGCAGAGUUAUUUGGGCGUCAUUUAUCGUGCGGCGUGGAAGAUGGCACUGACGACGGAGUGUUUGUCUUCACCCUCUCGAAACGAACACGAUGUUGGUGGGGAGAGUGGUCAGCAGCGCGAUGCGGACAUCUCGUCUUUUUCUUUUAGCACGAUGGCAUCCCACCAGCACUUGGUGUCUCUUCUUGAGUCGUGCGCUUUUGUGCGAGCCCGACACAGCUUUGGUAUGGGCAUGCAGCGCACACAACUCAUCGCACAGGAGGGGGACAGUCUUUUGUCCCCGGAGGAGAAGUUGCAGCGAUUCCUGCAGGCCCAGGGUCUUGACACCUCCAGGAAUUCGAGAAAAUUACUGGAGCAGGGGAAGCAGUUGAUGCUUAGCGGUGGUCGCCGCCGCGCCGUCUUUGUGCAGAUCCGCGGCCGCUACCACAACGACACGGUGCGGCUACCGAAUCUUUUUCGUAGCGACGCCCGCAGUACGACGGAGUCGCGGCGGCUCAAAAUACCGCCAGCGGAUGUGCCGGAGAAUGUCGUCUUCAGUUACCUACUGGAGGAGUUGCACACCAUUGUUGGAUACCUGCAAUCACUUUCCGCGACUGAACUCUCUACUCUUUUUCAGCGUAUCGUACGGACGGUGCUCCGUGAUCACAUUCACGACAACAAGAACCUCACAAACGAUGGUGCUGCUGAGAGCAUGUAUAGUAAUACGCCGUCGUUAUUGACUCACAGAGGCCCCGGUGCAAUUUGUCCGCAUCUAUCCAACGAGGAAACAACAGAGACAUUGUGGGAAUUGUGUUCGCCUGGUGUCUACCGCGGACCUGCUGCAACUGGCCUUGUUUUCUAUGUGCACACAUGUGAGCUUUUCUGGCGCAACGAUGAGCUUAAGCCGGUGCCUGAUAGCAUGUCGCACUUUACGGACUUUGAGACAAUCCUCGGUCACGAUGUGCUGCAGUGUGGCCUUGUGAUGCGUCACGAACACCGUCACUGGGUGCGUAUUGUUGGUACGCCGUUUGAUAUCAUUGAGUGGACAGCGCCAAGCCCACUGGAUCAGGGCGUUUACUCCCCGCUUGUGCUGCAAGGGAAUCUUCCAAUAGAACCGGUUCUCUCGGCGUCGUACGACCACUUGAUCUUUGACCGCGUUGUGGAUGUGUACGAUGAGGCACCAUGGCCGGUACGUGCGGAGCGGUGGGCCGUGGACAUUGUGCGGGCGGUGCUACGAGAGGUGUUUCCGGCGGGUGGCAUGAAGUACUUUCCCGUCGCAGAGGCACGUGUCAAUGCGCGGCAGGAACAGCAGGACGAGGGAGUAGAAAGUGAGGUGCAUGUGAUGCGCUUCAUCAUGAAUGACUCCCCUCAAUAUGAAGAAGUGGAUCGGGCAACGUGGAAGGAAUUGAUUGCGUACAAGCAUCCUGUUCCGCAUUUUCAUGUGUUUAACCUCAUUUCCCACGCACGCAAGAUGUACCGCUCCCUUGUGUUCACAUCCAAUCAGCGCUACUGUCUGCACAGUCUCCCGAUUGUGGUGCGGCCACGACAGCGUGAAGAACUACACCUUACGGCGUUUCAGGCAGGGGACUUGAUGCGGCGAGUACGGUGUGAGGGUUGUAUAGAAAUCCAUCGCUACAACUCCAGUCUUCAUCUGCGGGAGAUGUACCUGCCGGCGCGACUGCUCCAGGGCUUGUUGCCCAGUGCGUUACUUGAGGCAUUUCUAUUCUGGCAGGACGAGGACGAGGACACUGUCAUUCGUGGCUACACCAUGGGGGAGGCACAGGACUACUGGUUUAAUUACGCCCUGGAGGUGCGACUACGGCCUGGGAAGGGUGACUGCAUCGUCAUGCGCCUGGAUGACGCAUCAAAUCACCUCACAAGUCGCGAAAAGAGUGCGACGGGGAGGAACACGAUUGAGGAGAAUGAAGAGGAAGGCGGUGAAGACAUCAGCAGCGCCCAGGUGGCGUUGGUGCGAAGUGCAUUGUUGUCCUUAUCGGACGCGACAUGUCGCUGGUUGCUGCGGCAUGUGCAUGGGGACGUUGCGGCGGCAAUUCAGUGGGCGUCCGAUCUCACUAACUACGAAACUAUUACCGCCAUUGAGGAGAAAGAACAAAGGGCCACGGGUAAUGAGGAGGUGACUAGGAGUGAAGAGGCAGCAGAAGGACUGGGCCCGAAUGUUCAUGCGGGGGAGAAACCGAAGGAGGGAGCCUUCAGAGAUAGUGACCCGCAACAGGGCUUUAGAGGAGAAGGCCGGCAGGCGGAACAUAUCGUGUUGCUGAAUCUCCUGCAGAAUCCCGCGCUUUCCCCUUUGCUGCAGCUGUUAACGAAGUUGGAGGACUGUUCACAUAUUUUGGUGUGGGGCCGCGUGUCAUCGCAGCAGCCACCGCUCAAAGAUGACGAGGAGCGCCUGGACGAGGAGGAUACGUCGACUUUGGCGGAUGUCGUGUCCAUUGAACUUCCACGACUUCGUGCGAAGUUUCAGCCACACGUUGACACCGCCACGGGCCAGCUGCGCCUGCAUCUUGUCGAUCACCCCGGUUGGUAUGUGGCUGAAGCGCAUGACAUGCCACGAAAUCUGCGGGAUGACAGCGUUGGCGGCUUUUUGCAGCAUCUUCGGCGGCCCUUUCAGGAGUGCCUGACACUUUGCAACAACACCAAUGGGUUUGCGCUUAUGGUGCCGAACCAUGAAUUUACCGCAAUGGAUGUGCGGGAUGACCCAUUUAGCCCACUGCUGCUAUUCGAUCGUUCCUCUUUGCGCUGGCAGGAAAAUGUGGCGUCUCCUUUUUAUUUAUUUUUGGUGCAUCCUUGUGGGAGUUUUUUGACACCACCCACGCUUGGUGCCGCGUUGUACUACGCCGUUGUGCAGUGCGCCACACGACACUAUACAGGAGCGAUGCGAACGUUGGAAUCAUGCUACACGGACAGCACAUUCAGCGUGGAGGAGUCGUUCAUGUUUGGGCUGAUGGAGCGGACGCUUCCGGAUAAAUUUCCCGAUGCCCACGCCGUACGGCUCAAACUGGCACACGCCAUUCAGUACAGCACGCAGGAACUUCCAUGGCCCCUACACGUUGAUCUUGCCGGGUAUUUGUGUAAGAAACGACAUGUUUCACGGGCUUGUCAGCUGACGCGUGAUGAAAUCCUGGACCUUCUUCGACGUUGUUCCAAGGCGCCAGCUAUUGUUCGUGCCCAACUGCAGCUGUGGGCCGCCUUGGUGAAGGAAGAACGGAGGCGAACAACAUCGCGCUUGGCUAUGGAUUUCCCUGUAUCUGUGAAGAUGAAGGCACCGGCGGUGGUUCGCUGUGGAUUCCCGUGGGAGCGCCUUCUAUUGUAUCCAUGGUCGCGUAUUGAGCCACAAAAGCUACAGCGUCUCACGUACGAGACACCGGAAGCGGAUAGUCUGCAGGAGACAGCCCUGGUGGAGUUUCUCUGGGCAGAUAAGUUACUUCUUGAUGAAGAGAGCGGGGCGAAUAGCAAACUGGGGUUUUACUUUUUGUACUGCCUGAAAAAUGGCAUUUUAUCAACGAAGCUCUUUGGGGAGGACGUCUGUGGGACGCUGGGGCAGCUUCUUAGCCGAUGGUUUCAUCUGCGACACGCUCGCUGGGGACGGGAGACGAAGGUGGAUGGAGAGACAAGUAUGCGGCCCUCGUGGUGCAGCACAGUGCUGCAGCUGCUUGACCUUGUGCCUUCUGCUGGCUGGCCGGAUGCGGUGACAGAGGCGCGAGUGCAGUACCGUAUGCGUCAGGGCGUAGGCCUGACGGAGUCAACAGGGGAGGGCAGGCUCCAAACAACGCCGCACGUUCUCGUGCAGUUCUACCAGUCCGUGAAUGAAGUGGCGCGCAGGGUUUUUGAACGGCAUGAGGCGGUGAUGCGGCAUCGGGAGCGGAUUCAACUGAGUCAGAGCCACACUGCAAUGGACCGCGAGAUGUAUGUUUGUAUGGCGGAUCAUUUGCAGCCACGCGCUAUUCCUGCGAACACAAGUAUGGAGCAGCUGCAGCUGUCGUUUAAUUCUCUCCAUGCAACGACGCAAGGGGCGUGGGUGAGGCCUGAGGAAGAGGAGGCGCGACAUAAAUUACCAGGUGCACUGAAGAUGCGGGAGCGAUUAACAGCCCUUUUUGGUACACCCCUCAGCGAGGUGGAGAUGUUGUCUUCCUUUAUUCGCAGCGAGACCAUCUCCAUGCGUACCGAGGAGAGCGGGUCCCAUCCUGAUGCUUUUACAUGUAGCGGUGGUCGUACUCGACUACCAUUUGAUCUUCAUCAGCAUGCCCAGUGCAGCACCCCACUUGCAAAGCACCUGCUAUCGCGACUUGAAGAAGAUGCGGAUCGUUUUGCGCAACAGCAGCGACAGCAGGUACAAUACUCCCUAUCAUUUCUUACCCGCGAUCGUCUGCGUUUGAUUCUUUGUGACAACUGCAUGUCUGCUGUUCAGGAGGCACUCAUGACAUCGACGGAGGAACUGCAGAAAUGCAUUGCCGCCUUGUCCACCUUAAGUGCAGCGGACGCGGCAGACGUGCGGGAACUCACCGAAUCGAUUUUGCACCUCGCCAAUGAUAUUUUUGCUCCCAUCAAGAAGGAAGGCGACAACGACAUUACCCAUACAGGCCCUACGGCUAACGAAGUCGACGUUUUUGUUGAGACGCGUGUGCAGGAGUACCGGCUGCAGCGAAUGCAAGGUUGCCGGUCUGCCGUUCCACUGGAGUGGCUUUUGGGUGCGUUGCUGAGCAGCGAUAUGGCGUCAGAUUUGCGGGCGGUCAAUCCGUUUCAUGGAGAUAUCGAGCGGCUAAAAGCUGAACUUGUUUUGUUGAUGCUCCUUGCCAACCGCAGCUACAUGGCAGAGCAAGCGAAGCAGUCUGUGCGACAAAUUGUGCUUUUUCUGGAGCUCUGUGCACGCAUUCGCGGCGCAAGCAGCGACGACGGCGAUGACGGCAGCAGAAGUGUUUUUUGGAGCCCGAAGCCGAACCCAGAAAGCUCCCGAUCACGACUGCAGGAGCUAUUGCAAUGCUUCUCCAUUGGCGUGGACGUGGAUGCGCUGGAGCGGGGUGGGAGGCAACCGACGAGCGGCGGUGAUGCCAGCAAAAGCAGCGAGGGGAGCAGCAAAGGAAUUCAAGGAUUACGUGUUUUUUCGGAUGAUAUGGUGGCGGUCUUGGAGGGACGCAUGCUGCAGCUGGAGAACGAGAGCAUUGAGCUCCUCAACGCGAAGCGACACUACGCCACAGUGGGUGGCGGCGGUGACGGUGAAAGGGUGUUGCUGGAUCCGCGGUACCUCCUGUUUGAGUUUAUUCACAACAUUCUUCUGCGUGCCCGGCAGGUGGAGAUGGUGCGGUGGUUUGUCGACAACACGCGUGCCGGGGUCUCGCGGGUGCAGCAGAUGAUCAUGGGGCAGGGCAAAACGACCGUUGUUGGGCCGCUGCUCGCACUGAUUCUUGCCGACGGUUCUCGGCUUGUGACUCAGGUGAUGCCGACCGCUCUGCUGGAGCAGACACGUGGGAUCUUGCGUCGUUGCUUUAGUGUAGUGGUGCCGAAACAAAUCUACACCCUUCAGUUUGACCGCGCCUUUGAUGACACGGACACGAACAAUAUUGCACUGCUGGAGCAGAAAAUUGCCGCGGCGGCUAAGACACGGGCCAUUCUUAUCUCCGCCCCGGAGUGCAUCAAGUCCGUCUUUCUUAAGGCUAUUGAGCAAAUGCACCUGCUGGAGACAACACCGACGGAGGAGCUGGACGCCGUGCAGAACAGCGCUGACGAGCGCGUGUCCGCCCAGGCACGUGGGAUGCUGCGCCGGACACAACAACGCUCUGCCAUGGCGGAUGCCAUCACACCAAUCAUCCAACUUUGGCAGCGCGGCGUGCUCAUCAUGGACGAGGUGGAUGUUUUGCUGCAUCCGCUGCGCUCUGAGCUGAACUUCCCAAUUGGGCUGAAGCACCCCAUUGACCUGAGUGGUCCCCGCUGGACGCUGCCGAUUCAUUUACUCGAUGCGGUGUUUUUUUAUCAGCGAGGCCGAAUAUCAUGCGGGGCGGUGAAUGGCACAAAACUCUUUGAUGUCACACCCACCAGCGAAGUUCGACAAGACGACGUCGGCCAAUUCUCCCCAGAGGAGGACGGAACAUCAGACGAGCGGCAAACUCUGAAAAUGACACUACUCAACACCAUCCGUGACGCCAUUGGGAAGGGAUAUGAAAUGCAAGCUCUGCAGCGGGAACCCCAUCUUGUGCUACUGGACCACACGUACUAUCAGCAUCUUCUGCUCCCCGCAUUACUCCCAUGGGUACAGCUCUGGUUGUUUCAGGAGGUCCAAUGCGUGAGCCGACAUGAAUUCCAUGUGACUACCGCGUCUUUUGCUGCUUCAUUGAACUGGCAGUCAUUUAUUGAGAGCACAACCGAUUUUUUGCUUCAUCCAGAGCGUCCAAGUCGGGAAAGCGCCGUAGGAUCUGCCAUCAAUGCGAACUUUAGUCCGUUUGCAAUUCAGCUCCUGUGCCUUGCCCAUGACUGGAUUCACCGUCUGCUGCCGCAUGUGCUGGCGAAGAUUGACCGUGUGAGUUUUGGACUUCUGCAGCCGCAGGACAUGGAAGCAGUGACGGUGGAGGAGCGGGAACGAAUGCCAAUGAGUCGGCGUAUGAUGGCGAUUCCGUUUGUCGCGAAGGAUGUGCCUAGUCGAAGCUCUGAGUUUGCCCACCCGGAUGUCGUGAUUGGGCUGACCAUCCUUGCAUUCCGCUAUGAAGGUAUGCGCUUCACGGACGUUAAGGCGCUACUGCAGCAGCUGAAGCAGGACUUUGCACGGCAAUCUGGGCCAAAAGAACAUCGUCCAGCGGCGAGACUCUACCGUCACUGGCUGCGUCUGAGUAUUUCUUUGGAUGCUCAGGGUGAGUGUUACGCCUCAUGCAACAUGUUGACAUUGCCCUCGCCAUCUGCAGCAGCAGGCGUGGGGGAAAAAUUGCCUUUUCGCAACAUGACAGGAGGCGCCAAAACUCACGAUCGUUCAGGUAUUCCACUUUCGCAGCUGCAGGUAACGGAUGAGGUGGCAGUACACGCUCUGCAUUAUCGACUCCGCUACUUACCAGAGGUGGUGCAUUAUUACUUGUGCUCACACGUAUUUCCCCGCACCAUGAAUUUUCAAGGAAUGAAGAUCAGUGCCUGUGGACAUGAGCUUGGCUCUUCUAUGCUCUUCACCAGUCGCAUUGGAUUCAGCGGGACGCCAAGUAAUCUUCUUCCACUGGACCUUGGGGAUUGCUUUUACGAACCUGGUAGCGACGGGCGUGUGCUGUCAGUCCUCACGAACCCGUCUGUUGUGACGACUGAGGUUUUGCCGCUGGACUGGACACCGCUGCGUGUGCUGGAUCGUAUUGCCACUUCCCAUCCACCUUAUCAUGCUCUCAUUGAUGCCGGAGCACUUAUCACGAAUAUGGAGAACGAGGAUGUGGCGCGGUACCUUCUUGGAAAAUUGUCUCCCGCACUCUUUGACGGUGUUGUGUUUCUUGACAGCAAAGAUCGACAAAUGAUUCUGCAGCGCAGCAACGGAUUAAAGGUGCCGGUGGCGCAGUCCGGAAUUGCGCUCACACGCCGCUUCACGUUUUUUGACCAGGUUCACACCACAGGGACGGAUGUUAAGCAGGCGGCAUCUGUCACAGCGGUUGUUACGUUGGGAAAAGAUCUUGUCUUCCGUGACUACGCACAGGGGGCGUAUCGCAUGCGAGGAGUGGGCAAGGGACAGCGUCUGCGUCUCUACCUUAUCCCUGAGGUUCUCUCACGUAUUCACGCCACACUUGGAAGUGCGACGACGGGAAAUUCUCUCCUUGAUGUACCCGCAUGGCUUUUACUCAAUUCAAUGCAAAUGGAGAGUUUACAGUUUAUCAAGCUGAGCGUACAGGAAUUGGCAAAUGUAUGGCGCAAGAAGGCCCUGCAGUAUCUCCUAAGGGAUUCCAUUCAUUUCCAUGAGCAUUCGGACCUCUACACUGAAAUGGCGCGUUGCCGACGGUUUCACAUGCAGCGGCCAUUUGUGAUUGAAAUGGAGGGAGAGCCACCUCUUCCAGAUAUUUCUCUCCUCCGCUCCGCCAUUCAAGAAUUCCGUGAACCGGUUUCAUACCCUGUGGACUCCGUUAUUGACACCCCACUCCCUUUUCUGCA